CUCGCUUCCAGGACGAGGCGCGACGUCACCCAAGCAUGCCCGGACGUCACAUGAACCCGCUGGCUUUCCUCAUCCAGGGAUUUCGACGUCACAGGGUCAAGCUCGAGAGGGAGAUGAAAGCGUUUUAUAGUUGACAGGGAGAUGCUGGUACCAACCCCUGCCAACAUGUACUUCAUUGCCAACUUCCAACCAAAAGGACAACCAUCUCUGGAAGCUGUCAUGAAAGAUCUGGAUGUUGAUUCGCCGUUUAUGCAAAUGAACAACAGCUGGUACACCCUCCGCCCAGCCGACCAGCCUGCACUCCAGCUGGCGGUUAAACAAGAAAACCAUCUUUGGGUGCUCUGCCUCACUAACUCGACAAGUGAGCCAGCUGGUGUCGCCGAGGAAGCAACGAGAGAGCGAAUUAUCGAACCAUCUGCACGGUUAUUGGGUGAUUCACCACUUCACUUGUCUGUUAAACCACCUGGCCCUGGUGAGCACGAACCACCUGGCCGAUUGUUGGGUAAUGCACCUGUUCACCCAUCUGCAAAACCACCUGGCACCUACCGUAGAUCUCCUGGAUAUUACCGAAAUGAUGAGCCCGUUAGAGGCGAACCAUCUGUCGGCGAGAUAAAGCGACCAUCUGUCAUCGUUAAAUCUUCAAGAUCCUCCAGUUUCUCCUUUCAGGCGCUCAAUGGCAGGUUCGGCUCCACACAUUACCGUCUUGUUAGUGCUGAUCUGCCGGACGGAAUCCAACUUGUCGUACCCAAUUCUCUCGGUGCUGCCAGGCGUACGAGGAAGCUAUUCUUCGAUUCGAGGCAAUUGAACCACAGAGGAAUGGGCAUUGACGUCAUAAAGAUGGCCGGGGAGGACCGAGACCGGUACGUCAUAGUCCACAAAGCGAAAGACUGCGUGUUGUUCCUGAGCUUCCGCGGAGAACACUCAGCCCCAGGUAUUCCUGAGCUGGUCUUUAACCCGCAGUACCCAGGAAGUUCCGCUCACUGGCUCCUUCAGCCCACGCCACGCCCACUGUGACGUCAUGCAGACCAUGUGAUGACGCAGUGAUUAUUACGGAAAAAGGAUGAGAAUAGAUUGGUUUUAAUUUUACGUAUGAAUAUUUAUGAUUAGAAAUGUGAAAUAUAUGAUGAUUUGAAUUAU